AUGUCAUCUGUAUGCGAUCGUUUGUUGAAGUCAGUGGACCCAACAAAUAUUGAGCCUCGUUCUCGUAGUAAAGUGACUGUUAUAGGUGUUGGAAUGGUUGGAAUGGCUGCAGCAUUCUCUACCAUGCAAGUGGCAGGAGAACUCGCACUUAUUGAUGUCGUAGCAGAUAAGGUUAAAGGUGAAGUUCUUGAUCUACAGCAUGGUCAACAGUUUAUUGGCAGGUGCAAAAUUGAUGGGGGAACCGACUACAAAUACUCUGCAAAUUCAGAUAUUGUCGUCAUCACUGCUGGUGCCAGACAAAACGAAGGAGAAUCACGACUGAACCUUGUUCAGCGUAAUGUUGAUAUAUUCAAGAAAAUAAUACCGAACAUUGUGAAAUACAGUCCAAACUGCAUCAUAGUCGUCGUAUCGAACCCUGUCGAUAUUUUGACAUAUGUUGCUCGACGAUUGAGUGGAUUUGAAGCUCAUAGAGUAAUUGGGACCGGAACCAUGCUUGACUCGGCGAGGUUUCGUUUUCUGUUAGGUGAGAAAUUGGGAGUAUCUGCCAAUUCUGUCCAUGGGUAUGUAAUUGGUGAACAUGGUGACUCGAGUGUUGCUGUUUGGAGUAAUGUGAAUGUUGCUGGAGUUCGUCUGUCUUCUCUAAAUCCAAAGAUAGGAUGCAAAGAUGACCCUGAAAAUUUCGAGGAAAUACACAAGCAAGUUGUUCAGAGUGCCUAUGACAUCAUUCGCUUGAAAGGUUACACCUCAUGGGCGAUCGGGUUGACAUGUCGAUCACUUUGUAACGCACUACUAAAUAACCAUCAUACAGUUUAUCCACUCUCUGUUCCGGUCAAAGGAAUUCACGGAAUCGAAGAGGAUGUUUAUUUGAGUUUACCAUGUCUUGUUACUUCAGCUGGAAUCAGUCAUUUGAUUCCGCUUGAACUUAGUGCGGAUGAAUUGUGUAAAUUGAGAAAAAGUGCUGCCACUCUGAAUGAAGUUAUAACGAAAAUCCAAUGGUAA